CAUAAAAAUCACGUUUGCUUAUUUUAAGAUUUUGUUUUUGCUCUAAUAAUGACAUAAAAUGAGUGAAAUUAUUCGACUUUGGUUGCAAAACCUUUUGGGGCUUCUUUUUGAAGAUCAAUUAUGGCACGAAGACCGUGGUGGAGGCGUUCUUGCUACUCUUCUCAAUUCCUACACUCUUCUAACAGACGAACAGAUGAAAAUCAUAUUAUCAAAACAGGGUGAGCUUUACUGGCCUACAUUGGAAGUGAUGCGUUUGGUUAUCACCGGACUAGGAAUCAAUUUAGACAAAGAAGAAUAUCAAAAUGUGUUGGAUGCAAAAGGCACCUCAGUCAACAAAUUGUUUUACGAGUUGUAUAUGAUCCUUCAAGGCAGAGAUUCAACAGAUAUUAUCUUAUCAAGAAAACUUAAGGAUCCUGUCAAAUUAUCCAGAUUUUCUGUUUCUUCUCAUGAUGAAGUCAAUGAAAUCUCCGAAGAUAUUGAAGUAACUCGAUUUGACAACCCGCUGGCAGCAACAUUCACCAAUAAUCAAGCUGUUAUUGUCUAUCAUAUUGAUAAAUAUCUAGAACUCAUGGAAAAAUGCAAGAAAAAUCGUGAGGAUUACCUCAGAUACUUUGAAAACAAAGAUUCUGCUUCCCCUGUGCGAAAAAUGGACCUUUUACGGUCCAAAAAUGAAUUAUCUACAAAUAUUGACAAAGAUAUUGAUAUUGCAGAGUUACCUUUAGAUGCAGAAAGUUUAAAUCAGUCUAUGAGUGAAUUAAUGCAUGAAAAAACACGUGCGGUUAACUUAGGUUGUAUUAAACCAGAUGAAAAAAUCUCCAAGAAUAUCAUAACCUCAAUUCAGAAUAAAUCACGCAAAAUGAAUCAAAAUCGCGAGUUACGUGACACAUUACGGAAGAAAAUAUUGAAAGACCUUUGGGAUAAACUGAUGGAGGAACAAGAAGAUUAUUUCAAGCAUGAUUUCAUGGAUAAAUUACAGCAACAAAGCAUGUACGAGCAGAAAAUCACAACGUGUUUGAUGAAUGUGCGAGAAAAACGACAUGAAAUCCUCGAGCAGAAGAGAGAAAUGAUGGAAUAUAUUCGUGAUCAACACGAGGAAGCAAUGUAUAGUGAGAUAUUAGGUGAAGAGAGCAAAGAAAGCCAAGAACGAUUCAAAUAUUACAAGGAAAAGACAAAAAAACAAGAAUUACACGAAAAAAUGUACAAAAAGAAAAUGGAACGUGCGAAAGCCCAGGCUGAACAGGAAGUCGAUAAUAUUAUGAAAGAUAUUCUGGAUAUAGCGUUUUAUAACAUCGAUUACAAAGCGAAUAAUUGUGAGCCUGUACCAAGAAGAAAACGUGAUGAUUUAGCACGGUUAUUCAUUGCACAACAACCCAUCUUUGAUGUACUUCAAGAUGUCUCUGAUAUUAUCUCUUCGGAACCAUAUUCUUCUAGUAUGACAAAUGAAGAUGAAGAAGAUGAAGUUGAACCUAUAACUGUUCUGGAACUAGACAGGCAAAACGCAAUGGAUGAGUUGACUUUUGAAGAUUACACGAAUUACAAAUGGCCGUGGGAUUACAACUCAUGGAUGGAAUACAAAGAGAACACAGAAAUGAUUCUUGGAUUGAAUGUGAUCGGACAUGUAGUCAAUCGUAUUCUAUCAGCGAAUAAUUCCAGGAAUUCAGUUUUGAAUAUGCCAGCAAUACCAAAAACAAACAUUGCUGUUUGUUUAGACGGGUUGCAUAACUUGGAGUAUAUACCAGCAUUGGAACAACUUCUACAAGCGCGUAAAGUGAAGAUUAUUCAAAUGACAGAUGCAUUUGAAUAUUGUCUUAAUGUGUUUAAGAAAGAGUCAACUGAGGAGUACUUUGAUGGUGUGUUUGAUAAAGCUACAGAAGAAGGAUUAAAAGUGAUUGAUAAAGAAAAGAAAGGUGCGAAUAAAAAGUCGGUAAAGAAGGGAUCCAAACAAUUAGUUAAAAGUUUGGAUAAAGAAGAGAAAAAACAAAAGAAAGUAAAAUCUGUUGAUGAUGAACCACCGGCAUUGCCUGCUUUUGAAGAUAAAAUAAAUCAAACACCAAAUUUAUUUCCUAAAGAUGAAGUUGUGUUGAGUGAUGCUGGUAAUGUCGGUAAAACAUUGUUUGAGGUUAUGAACCUAGGUGGCGCUCCAUGUGAAUCUCUCAACGCAGCUGCUUUCGUUGAAUAUUUGAAGAGUUUAAAUUUUAACGAAAUAGAAGGAUGGGCUUUGAUUAAUUAUCCACAGACAAUUCAACAGGCGAUUAUUUUAGAAGAAACUUUAUCUGGUAAAAGAAUACCUGUUGAAUUAUCACAAUUUCCCACGGAUAAAAUCUCUGAUUUGGUUAAUAUUGAAAAUCAUCCAGGUUUACCUGAUUCCACAAAAGACAGGAAAAAAUCUAAGUUGUUUACGAAUUCCCCUGGGUCUCUUGAUGAUGAUUUAGACUAUGAUACUUUUCUCACUGCUUUUAUAGAAUUGAGAACUGCUGGUAAAGAUGAUCCUGAUGAGAAAGCUUACGAAUGUUUCAAGUCACCGGAAAAUACAGUUGCGUUAUGUCAGUUUUAUCAAAACCAAGGAUGUAAAUAUACACUGGUUUAUGAAACCAUUGAUUUUUCUACAAUUAAACAUUUAGGAAAGUUGAUUCUGGGUGAUUAUUCAAUGCCACCGAAAGAUUCAGUCACUUUAUUCACUGAUACAGUGCAUUAUGUUGAAGCUAACUUUGACGAAAUCGUCACAAUUCCCACUACAACUACAAAUGUAAUCAAAGAAGGUGAGAAGAAAAAGAAAAAGAGUACAACUACAAAAUCAGAAGCAAAACAAGAAAAAUCCACCAGAGGCUCAAAAGAAACGAAAAAAAGUUCUAAACCCAAAGAGAAAAAAGCAAAAGUUGAUGAAAAAGCCAAAAAAUCAAAAAAGACAAACAAAGAAGCACCGGAAACUGUUGUGGACAUGGAAGAUGAAGAAACACAAAUACCUACUCCACUUCCCGAACCGGAAGAAGUUGAAGAACCUUAUCAAUCACCUGCGCUUCCAGGUGAGGCUCAUUGGAAGUACCAUGAUUUACCAAUUGUGGCUUAUUAUGAAAAUGCAUUAGCAACUCUUUGGGAGAACAUUGAAGCUAUCUACAUCAAUGAUAUGAUGCAGUUGUUUUUCCGUCGGAGAAUCAUCAUGGAUGCCUUGAUGCCGUAUAAUUUUUACGUGAAGAAAAACUUAUUAGAGUUUAUUGCGCGUCCGGAUACUAAACAAUCUUACCUUACUGAUUUUCAAUUGAUUUAUAAUGAGUUUGAAGAUGAUAUGAGAGAAGAUGAUGAAGUGAAAGCGGAACUACACAUGCGCAUUGAAGAAUUUCGUGAGAAACUUUGGAAGAUUUGCGAUGCGCGAAUGAUGGAAAAUGAAGCUGAACGAGUACGAAUUGUAAAAGAAAAUUGGGUGACUACUCAAUUAAUGGAAUUGUGUAAUAUUUACAUAUCUUUUCUUCAGUUGGAAUUGGAUAGAUCAACUGACACGUGUUUGAUGUUGGUGGAUUAUUAUACAGCGAUGAUUACUGGGUUGCCUAACUUAAAUGUUCAAAUAGAAAAAAUCAAAUUGAAUAUUAUUCCUCUUCCUGAGAAUAUUGAAGAUAUGGAUCAUAUUGCACCGUUUGUGGAGUUUACUGAAAAAGCAUUGCAAACACAGAAGAAAACUGAUUUUACAAACGUCAAAAAUAAUCCAUAUGUAAAUAAACUUAAGGUUACUUUAGACAAUGGAUUUAAAAACUUAGAAAACAUUUUCAAUGAGUGUAUGAAGAUUUAUAACGAUUUAGAAGCAAAGUUUAAUCCUAAAAAUGGCACAAACAAAAAGAAAAAGACUGAUAAAUCAACUAAUAAGAAGAAUACCGGAAGUGAUACACAAAUUAUUGAACCAGAUGAAGAUGUCAAAAAUUAUUCUUCAGAAAUUCUCCGAGAAUUCCAAGUUGCUUUUAUGGGUGAAUACUACAGAUGUAAAUUACGAUUUGAAAUCUUACAUCAUGCAUUCCAGGAAGAAAUACAAGAUAUGUUAGAGAAAGGUAACAACAGUUUCAACACCCUGUAUAAAUUCAUUGAAGAACGUUACAAAGGAGAAAUCCGUGCCGUGGAACAAGCCACAACGUUAUUAAAACGUGCUGUUGAAGAAGAAAUCGCUAUUCAACCGGAAAUGCUACUAGAAAACGACAAAUUCUUUGUAAAAUUAGGUUCUCUUAUGUAUGAAUCACCUCUGCCUGAUGAAGAUGAUCUGCCUAUUCGGGAACCUGAUAAUGACGAGUUGUUUAACAUUUCGCAAUUAACGAGAAUUGCUGAUGUCCUCUUCCGAUUAGCUCCAAAGGGAAUUAUUCCUACAAAAGCUUUUACUUUUCUUCUACAAGAAUUUUUAGUUUAUCGCGGGGAAGAUGGCCUGGAAGACUACGUCCCCAAAAUAUGGAAGAAACUACCACCGUAUAAAGUCCAACGUUUAAUUACAGAAAUAUUCGGAGAUACAGAAUAUCUUGACUGGAAAGAUUUCAUCAUUUACUGUUUGAAUAUUCGAUUUCCUACUGAGAAGGAAGUGCUUGAAAUACGCCAACAAUUUCGCAGUUUGGAUCCGGAUAUGACUGAAUUGAUUCAUGAUCAUCAAUAUGGAUUGAUACAGUUUUGGUUUGAAGAAGAUAUUAUGCAACCUAGGUUGAAAAACUUACGUGAAUUGCUUUUUAAGUUGUUUUGUGUUGGUUCGCGUCUCAACUACACAGCUUUACUGUUAGUUUUCUGUAAAGAUGCUGAUCCUAUUAUAGGAUUGGUGAAAGCUAUUGAAGUAUCAAUAGGGAAGUUAAUAAUGCAUAAUGAAGAACAAGGUUCUUUGCGGUAUGCAAAAAGUUUGAAACAAAUCAUGGCGCGUGAGUUAGACACUAUCUCAAAACAAAAUAAUCGUGCUGAGAGUAUUUCACAAGCAGUGAUUGACAAAUUGAUUGAUGAUACUAUACAUUGUACAAAUAGUGUUGUAUUGGAGGCGUUGGACAAUGACGAUGCAUCUCCAUUAUGCUCACAUGAUAUUGUACAAUAUUUAAAUGAAUCACGAAUAUCUUCUACAAAAUAUGAAGAAAAUGGUUUUGAGAAACCUACCUCGUCGGUGAGUGACUACGAAUACGCCGGGGAUACCAGUGUGGACACUUCAGGAUCACAAGCACACAUAGCAAGAGAACCAAUUGAAUAUCAAGUCAGUUUUGACGUGCUCAUCAAUAUUUUCACAGUGAUGAUUCCCUGGUUGCAUAAAGUCAGAUCGUUCGGUGAGAUGACAUUUCACGAACGCUUCGCCAUGUUAUACAACUCUUUGAUCAACGAAGACAUACGGGUUGCCUACAUUUAUCAGAUUUUGAUCCACACUGAUUUCCUAGCGAUGUUUAUGAAAUUUUACAAGUUUUACGAUCGGCGUUUAGUGGACAUUGUCAGACAUUUGUUGGAGUCUGAUUAGUUAGAUGUAAAAUCAACAAAUCAUUGUUCUUCCUUAACAUUAAACUUAAAAUGAACUAAA